UGGAUCGAAGAGUGCAAGCAGCACGCUCUGGGCUCCGAGGUUCCCAGGAUCCUGGUGGGAAACAAGUGCGACCUGCUGGACUCGGUUCAGGUGGGAACGGACUUAGCGCAGCAGUUCGCAGACGCUCACUCCAUGCCGCUGUUUGAGACGUCCGCUAAGAGUCCAAACAGCCCAGGGGACAGGAAGUCCCUCAGCAGCGACCACGUGGAGGCCAUCUUCAUGACCGUGGCGCAUAAGCUGAAGUCCCAGAAGCCGCUGGUCCUGAGUCAGCCGCCCGAGGGGUCAGGGGGCACCGUGACCCUGAACGCCGGGAGAAACGAUGGGGCGGACGGGGGCAGCGGUUGGAGCUGUGGCAGUUGCUAAGCAACAGGGGACGGACACUGCUGGGUUUACUGGUUCUGGGAUCAGAACCAUUACAGCUCCUAGUCCUCAUGCUGCCGCAGAACCCUGAUGGACCUUCCAGCUCCUGGACAAUGAGCCCAGAACUGUUCUGAAGCAUAAACCCAAAUAUUUUAGCAUCCAUUUCAAAUAAAAGCUGUUUUCUUUCAUUAAUGGAGACCAGAAGUGAUGAGAUGGACCCGUCCAGAACCGUCCAUCACCAUUGAUCUGUGCCUUCCGGACCCAGACCCGGAUCCAUCCCUCUGCCCGCCCAGAACCGGAUCGAUUUUUAAUUUAAACUGAUCAAAUGAUGAAAGAAAAUUGUUCUUUGCAGGUUCUACAGAUUCUGUUCAAUGUUUCUAACAGCACUUUUUUUUAAAAAUGGCUGCUCAUCCCAUGAACCCCUGCAGCAUCUAGGGGUCACGAACCCAAUAUUGAAAACAGUAGAAAUGUGAUGGAAGACUUUAAAGAUGUUAAGUUUACUUCUUUGGUAAAUAAUUUCUUCUCAGGAACACUGGCUACGGUUGCUAACAAGGAAUGGUUGCUAACUGGUUCUGGUUGCAAACAUGGCCUGGAUGCUAAUAGGCUCAGGUUGCUAACAGGGCCUGGAUGCUAAUGGGCUCUGGUUGCUAAAUGAGCCUGGAUGCUAAUAGGCUGUGGUUGCUAACAGGGCCUGGAUGCUAAUAGGCUCAGGUUGCUAACAGGGCCUGGAUGCUAAUAGGCUCUAGUUGCUAAAUGAGCUUGGAUGCUAAUAGGCUCAGGUUGCUAACAGGGCCUGGAUGCUAAUAGGCUCUCGUUGCUAAAUGAGCUUGGAUGCUAAUAGGCUGAGGUUGCUAAAGGGGCCUGGAUGCUAAUAGGCUCAUUGCUAACAGGGCCUGGAUGCUAAUAGGCUCAGGUUGCUAACAGGGCCUGGAUGCUAAUAGGCUCAGGUUGCUAACAGGGCCUGGAUGCUAAUAGGCUCUGGUUGCUAACAGGGCCUGGAUGCCCAUAGGCUCAGGUUGCUAAAGGGGCCUGGAUGCUAAUAGGCUCAUUGCUAACAGGGCCUGGAUGCUAAUAGGCUCAGGUUCCUAACAGGGCCUGGAUGCUAAUAGGCUCAGGUUGCUAACAGGCCAUUUCUCAGGAAGUCCUUCUCUUUCUCAGUCCAGGUAGCAACCAGCCUAUGUUAGUAGCUCAUUAAAUCAGUGGUCCAAAGGCGCUGAAUGGAGUUGGUUUUAAUGGGGCUGAUAUCAAAGGGGUCCAUCAGGGAAUCUGUCUAUAAAAACCACAUCAGAAAUGUCUUUUUGUUGUAAUAAAACAAUGAACCCUU